CGGUGUGCCGGGGCCGGAGCCGCACUGCCCGGAGCCGCACUGCGGGCCAUGCUGCAGGUAAGGCGCAGCGCGGCUCUCUUGUCCAGCCCUGCUGCGUGCUGGGAUGCCUGGGGCCCAGCGUGGAGACAGCGCCGCAUCCCUGCUCCAGCUGCACGUCCCCCAGCACUGAGCGCAGCCGCUGCACCAUGUGGCGUUCGCAGAGCCGGCCGGAGGCUGCUCUUGCUCGGCUGCUGCUGCUGCUGGGCCUCCUGGCGCUGUGCUUGGCAGGGCUGCGGGAGCCGGGUCCCACCAUCGAUGGGCAGCCGCUGGCAGUGUGCACGCUGCGGGAGGGGGAGAGCCGCGUCUUCUCCUGCCGGGCUCCGCGGCCGGCCCCGGGCGCCAUGCUGGCGUGGUACCUUGAUGGCCAAAAGCAGGAGGCAAACUGCUCGGCCCUGGGCACCGCCAGCACCCUCACUCUCACCGCCCGGCGCAGCGACCGCCAGCUCAACUGCUCCCUGACGGAUCCAGCCUCGGGGCAGACCUACAACGCCUCCGUCCUCCUCAACGUGCAGUAUAAGCCAGAGAUCCUGCAGGCAGAUGCCCACUACCAGGAGGUUGAGGGCAAGGGACUCCUCCUGGUGCUCUUUGUGCUGGUGGAAGCCAAUCCGCCCGCCAGCAUCACCUGGGUGGACCAGGAUGGGCGGGUGAUGGCCAAUGCCUCAGAGUUCCUUCUCCUGGACACCACACACUACCCGGGGCUGGCCAACCACUCACUCCGCAUCCACCUCGACACCGCGGCUGGCAACUUCUCUGUCAGCGCUGCCAACAGCCUGGGUGUCACCACCACUUCCCUCCUGCCACCAGCGGCCCUGAGCUCCCACAGCCCAAGGGUGCACGUCUGCCCCGCCAGACCCAAUCACUGCCACCCGACCUGCACCUCGGUGACCUCAUGCAGGAGGCCAGAGGUGAGAGCCCGGGUGCCAGUGUGGAGGGAGACAUGGGGCCACGGGUCCUACCUGGGUGAGGGCUCCGUUUAUGGCUCCUGCCCCUUUCCUUUCCUGCAGCUUCCCCCAGGGACGCAGGAGCUGGUUCUGGGGGCGAGGAGAGCACAUGGCCAGGCCUGGAGAACUCCCUGGUCCUCAGCAAGCUCGGUGAGGGGGUGCAGCUGGGCGAGUGGCCCCAAAAGCUGUGCUGGUGAAAUGCCAGCCUCCGUGGCAGCCCCAAAGGACAAUGGCAACGAGCUGUCUUUGUCCUGCAGGUUUUAUCCAGCUCCCAAAGUCUGGGCGCAUCUACAAAGUGCCCAGUGUGAGCAGUGAGGAGAUCUGGCUGUGAGACAUGGCGUGGUGCCUUGAGGCAGGGCUGCCCAGCCCCAGCAGGAGAACAAUGGGUGCCAGGGGCUGUGCUGGGUGCAGGGUGCUGACCAGCCCUGGCUGUAUCUUCAGCAAUGCACCGCAGGUCCCGGUAGCUGCGCUUUGAGCCAAGGCAUGGUUUUAUGUAGCCUGUGCACUUUAGGAAUAGAUGCAUCAAAGCUGUUUACAGCCGGGCUCAGCCUUGCUGCCAGCACCGAGAUUCCUCCUGGGGUAAGGCCAAGCACCAGCCUUGCUUUAGCAGGUUCGUGGCCUGCUUGCUGCAUGAUCCUUGCCAUCCCUGCCAGAGCUGUGGCAGAUGCGUGGGCAACAGGCAGCAUGGCAGGGGCUGGAGGAAGUCCUCCCCACAGCAAUAAACUAAACUGAAGUGUC